CCCCGGGACCGACAUUUACGUCACAUAUUCAGUUUUUAGCCAGUUUGGUAUAUUUCAGUUGGAUUUGAACUUUUUAUAUGCAACAAGUGUUGUGUUGUUUGAAAUUUUUUGCUGACUGGUAUCACAUAAACAGAAAGUAUUGUGAUGUCAGAGUGUUGUAUGGAAGGGUUUGCAGGUCAAUUUGAGAAAGCAUUGUGGAAGAAAGAGGUGGUGAGAGAAGGGAACGCCCUACUCCAUAUGGACAAUGCACUUGCCCACAGAUCUCAAAAUGUUCAGAAAACAAUAACCCUGGACCUCAAAAUUGAGCCCUUGGCCAAUGCACCAUAUUGUCCAGAUCUGCUCACACGUGACUUGUUCAUUUCUAUACUACUUAUUUCUAUAGAGAAAGGACGCAGUAAACUAUACAAGAAUAGCUGGUAUAUGAAGCAGUAA